CCUUCCUCCUCAUUCGAGAGUUCAGAAUUCAUCGUACACGUGAUCAUCCUCCAUCUCGUCGCUCAUCUUCGAUUUUUCCCAGCAGUCCAUUUUCUUCAUUAAUUUAGUGUCUCAUCAUGGCAUCGAUCAGUGCUUUGAACGCUACCGCCCUGCAGGUAGGAAACCUUCGAUGCAGCAAUGCAUCCUCCGCACCUUCGUCGAGGUCCGUGAGAAUUAGCUCCUCUGCUCAUCUCGGAGGAUCUCAGCUGAGGAUGGUCGGCGUUUCCAGCAGACAAGUGUCCAGGCCCUUCGCCGUGAGAGCCGAAGACCAGGGUGUAUUGGACUCUCUGAAGGAUGCUGCGAACAAGGCCGCAGAAAAUGUGAAGAGCGGAUUCAACAAAGCCGGUGAAAUGGUCUCUGAUGCCGCAGAGAACGUAAAGGGCAGCGCUCAGAAUACUGCAGAGACUGUCAAGGAAAAGGCCAAUGAUGCAGCCAGCGCUGGACGUGAGCAGUUUGAGAAUGCCAGCGACCAAGCGAAAAAGUCAGGGAAAGAUUUGAGGAACCAGGCCGAGAAUGUGAAGGACGACCUGACAGGAGGCGCUGAGAAGGCCGGAGACAACCUGAAGAGAAACGCAGACAAGGCCACGAACCAAGCACAAGACGCAGGACAAGAUCUGCGAUCAAAGUCGCAAAAUGUCGGAGAUGACUUGAAGAAGAACUUCGACAAAGCCACCGACAAAGCACAGAGUUUUGGAAAGGACGUGCAGGCCAAUGCUGAGAAUGCAGGAGAUGAUUUGAAGAAGAACUUCGACAAGGCCACUAGCAAAGCACAAGACGCUGGAAAAGAUCUCCAAAACAAGGCCGAGAAUGCAGGAGAUGACUUGAGGAAGAAUUUCGACAAGGCCACCAGCAAGGCACAGGACACGGGCAAGGACGCCCAAUCUAGCUUCAAGAAUGCUGCCCGCGAGGUAGAGGGUUCAGCCAGAGAUGCUGGAAAGUCUGCUCAGUCUGGCAUUGAUGAUGCAUCCAAGAACGCCAAGUCUGGUCUUAAUGACGCAUCCAGGAAGGCUGAGAAUGUCGCGAGGGAUUUAAAGCAUUAGAUUCGGUGGGACCUUGUACAAAAGAGAGUCUGUAGAACUGUGAUAUACUCGAUGGGAAAGAACCCUUUCUUCACAGUGUAGAACUAUUACUUGAAGAAUAGUGUGUCAACGCAGGGCAAAUACCUAUGCGCAAUUGUAUAUUGUUUUGCGAGUCUUC